UUGUGAUUGGUCAUAACCUUUUCCGGUGAGGCAUCCAUCCAUCCGAGGACUGUGAGGAAGCCAGUGUAAACGGAGUAAACACGUACACAAACUCAUCUAAGCGACUCAGCAGGUCACCAUGGCGUCCAGCAGUACGAGCAGCGAAGAAGAGAGGAGCUUGCGGGAAUGUGAGCGCUACGUGCAGAAGCACAACGUCCAGCAGCUGCUGAAGGACUGCAUUGUGCAGCUGUGCACUAACAGGCCUGAAAGGCCCAUGGCUUUCCUCAAAGAGUACUUCGAGAGGCUUGAGAAGGAGGAAGCUAAACAAUUCGCCAGCCAGCAGAAGUCAAGCUCUCGCUCAGACUCCCGUGAAGAUGAGGUUUCUCCUCCCAUGAACCCUGUGGUUAAGGGCAGACGGCGCCGCGGUGCCAUCAGUGCAGAGGUCUACACUGAGGAAGAUGCAGCAUCUUAUGUCAGAAAGGUUAUUCCUAAAGACUAUAAAACUAUGGCUGCUCUUGCUAAAGCGAUUGAAAAGAAUGUGCUUUUUGCUCAUCUUGAUGACAAUGAAAGAAGUGACAUAUUUGACGCCAUGUUCUCAGUCACCUACAUUGCAGGAGAGACCGUCAUUCAACAAGGGGAUGAGGGUGACAAUUUUUAUGUUAUUGACCAAGGUGAAAUGGAUGUGUACGUCAACAAUGAGUGGGUGACCAGUAUUGGAGAGGGUGGCAGUUUUGGUGAGCUGGCUUUGAUCUACGGCACUCCCAGAGCAGCCAGUGUCAGAGCAAAGACCAACGUCAAGCUGUGGGGAAUCGACAGAGACAGCUACAGGAGAAUACUCAUGGGAAGUACUCUGAGAAAGAGAAAAAUGUAUGAGGAAUUCCUUAGCAAAGUCUCAAUUUUGGAGUCUCUGGAUAAAUGGGAACGGUUGACAGUUGCUGAUGCCCUCGAGACAGUCCAGUUUGAAGAUGGCCAGAAGAUUGUUGUGCAGGGUCAACCAGGAGAUGAAUUUUUCAUUAUCCUUGAGGGUUCGGCAGCAGUCCUGCAGCGGCGGUCGGAGAAUGAGGAAUUUGUAGAGGUUGGAAGACUAGCACCAUCUGACUACUUCGGUGAGAUUGCUCUGCUCAUGAACCGGCCUCGUGCCGCCACUGUGGUAGCUCGUGGCCCGCUGAAGUGCGUAAAACUUGACCGUCCCCGGUUCGAACGCGUGCUUGGCCCCUGCUCAGAUAUCCUGAAGCGAAACAUACAGCAGUACAACAGCUUUGUAUCUCUGUCGGUCUGAGGCGCACUAGGCUCUUUCCUCCUCUAUUGCAGGGUCCACCAAUGCAAAUCCGCUUUAUUUUCUUACUUUAUGCAUUUUCCAACACCCAGAUGCCCAUUCACUUCAGUGUUCUCUCUCUAUCUGUUUUUUUCUAUUUGUGGCGUACCCUGUCACGUUCGUAUCCAUUGUAGAUUUACCAUAAGGCUGGUUGUUAUUUUUGCCUGAGAAACGAGCCAAUCUUUGUGCCACAGAUGCCUGUCAUGUGAACAGAUGUUGAACUAACAAGGUCUGUCGGGAUUGUCUCUUUCCUCCAAAAUUGCUUCGCGUUUCUGUAUAACAGUGUUUUGAAUGGAAGGAAAUCAGUGGCAGGGUUAGCAGUCAUGUAGUCUAUCUAUUCAGUAUAUGAUGCAUCUUAAUUGAGGCAUCGAGUUUCAGAUUCUGUUUUCCCUCGUUAAUUUCAAGCAUUUGAGUAUAGGGAAGCCAAAGGCAUAAAUCCAUGUGUGUUAUGUUGUUUUCUUGGGGGUACUGAAGCUAAAGGGGUCCUAUUAUGCUCCACCUGCAAGCUUCAGUGUAAAUAUUGCGUCAAAAUCAAAU